GGUGAACUGUGGACUGAAGCGAGCGGCUUGGCUCCUCCCAGUGCUUGUUCACACUGAGCAGUAAUGGCUGCCUGGUUGUCACGGAGCGCUGUGUGUGGGAUCUGCAGCCCGCGCCGGCCGCUCUGCGGUGGCGCGCUGCGGUGGAGCUCCUCUGCCUUGCAGGAGAAGCUGCGGUCGGUGCAGGACCUGCCGCACGUCAGCGCCGUGGAGAUGCUGUACCGGGUUCUGGUCCAGGGCUACUUCUCCUCUCUGCACAUGCUGCAGGUCUAUGAGAAGCAGCUCUAUGGACCCAUUUAUAAAAACGGACGCAACGCGGUGUCAGUGAGCAGCGCCGAGCUGCUGGAGGAGCUGGUCCGGAAGGACGACAAGUUUCCCACCAGAGGAGACAUGGAUCUGUGGACAGAGUACCGCGAGAUGAGAGGCCUGGGCUACGGACCCCUCACAGAGGAAGGGGAGCGCUGGUACAAGCUGAGGGCGGUUCUCAACAAGCGGAUGCUCCAUCCCAGGGAUUCAGCUCAGUACGACGGGGUGAUCAACGCCGUGGUGACAGACUUCAUCAAACGGAUCAAACGUCUGCGUCUCUGCAGCCCAACAGGCGACCUGGUUCCUGACAUCGCCAACAAGUUCUACCUGUUUUCACUGGAAGGUAUUUCCUCCAUACUGUUUGAGGCUCGGCUCGGCUGUCUGAGUGAGGAGAUUCCUGCCGGUACCCAGGAGUUCAUCACUUCCAUCUCUCAGAUGUUUUCCAACGCCAUUUAUGUGGCGAUCUUCCCAAAGUGGAGCCGCAGCCUGCUUCCCUACUGGCAGCGCUACAUCGCUAGCUGGGAUGGCAUCUUCAGCUUUGGUAAAACUUUGAUUGACAAGAAGAUGGAGGACAUUCAGCAGCGAGUGGACAACGACCAGGAUGUGGAGGAUGAAUAUCUGACGUACCUCCUGUCAAACUCCCAGCUGAGCACCAGAGAUAUCUACGCCAGCGUGACGGAGCUGCUGUUAGCCGGAGUGGACACGACCUCCAACACCCUGACCUGGGUUUUGUACCAGCUGUCCAGGAACCCAGAAACCCAGAACAGACUUUAUGAGGAGGUUUCCUCUCUGGUACCGGCGGACCGGAUCCCCAGCGCCGCAGAGGUCACUGCGAUGCCGUUUUUACGAGCCGUGAUCAAGGAAACUCUCAGGAUGUACCCUGUGGUUCCUAUAAAUUCAAGGAUCAUAAAAGAAAAGCCUGUUGCUGUUGGUGGAUAUCAGUUUCCAGAAAAAACUUGUUUCACGCUCUGCCACUACGCCAUCAGUCAUGAUGAGAACAUUUUCCCAGAACCGUACCGGUUCAAGCCGGAGCGAUGGCUCCGUGACGGCCGCCAGAGGCCCAACGCCUUCGGCUCCAUCCCGUUUGGCUACGGCGUUCGAGGCUGCGUUGGUCGCAGGAUCGCAGAACUCGAGAUGUACUUGGUUCUGUUUCGGCUUAUUCGAGAGUUUGAAAUCAAACCGAACCCCACUGCGGAUGAUCUAAAGAUCGUCAGUCGGGCCGUUUUGGUGCCAAACAAGCAACUGGACCUGCACUUUGUGGAGCGACGAUGAAGGAACAGUUUGAUUUAACAGUUUAGCUAAACGUCCCAAAAGUGCUGCUUCUGUUUUGUUUUCAUGUGAAAACUUCUGUUUAGCUAAAGCUAAAGUUAUUGACAGUUAGCCUUUAGCUAGUUAGCAUUAACCAGCCAUUCUAUGUGCAAUCACAGCAGGAAUGUAUUUAGGUCUGGAUGAUAGAGUUAAACUUGCAUGCAUUUCCACUCUUUAAUUAUUAAUAGGGAGAAAAACUACUGAAGCCCUUUCUGUAUGCUAACGUCAAAGCUAGCUGCUGCUAACAGGCCAGGCCUUCCUUUUCCUGGAGAGUUUACAUUGUUGAUGAGCAGAAACAAUCAGGAAGUUAACAAAACAGUUUUUUUGUUUUGCUAAAUUCUAAUGUUUGUAGUUUAGUGUGUAUAAUUUAUAGAUAAGAUUUCUAAAAUGUAUGUCAUUUGGCCAAAAUUGUCAAGUAAAAUACUAGGAGAUAUAUAUAUGUAUUUUGUAAACUAGAAUAAAAAAAAGAUCAUUAUGUACUGGUUCAAAAAUAAGCUAAACAGGCAAUAUUUUAAUUGAACAAAUAGUCUGUUCUAUUGUUGUUGGAAAGCAUUGUAUAAAUCAUCGUAGAUUGACAACUUAAAAGAGGAAUUUUUCAGGUUUGCCUUGUUAAAAGAAAGACAUUUGUGUUAUUAAUUCUUUUGAAUUGGUUGGAAAAAACAGAAAGCAGAUCUGGGUGAACCGAAGUCUGAGCUCGACUGAAGGCCACUGGGAGAUGUGGUUCUAUUUACUGUGAAAUUUAAAGAGAAUACAGAAAGUGUGGCUAUUAAAAGAUGAAUACUUUAUUGUACUGAAUACAUUCCAUUGUAAAAAGAUUUAAAUUCGUCUAAUCAUUUUUAUCUAAAUUAUAAUUUGAAAUAAAAGGCUGUAGGUCAGAUUAAUGUGAUUUUUGCAGUUCUUUAUAUUUGAGGUUAUGUCUGUAUGUGACUGUAGGUUUGAAUAUCUGAUUACAUGUUUGUCAUAAACGCUAAUUAUGUUCAAUUAAUUUGCUUUUUAUAAUGUAAUUAGUAAUAUAAUGUUUUUACUGUUGUGGUAUAAUCUAUAUUUGUG